AGGGGUGGAGAGAGAGAAGGGAGGAGGGAUGGGGGAGGGAAAAAGGGAGCGAGGUGUCUCCCUAGCUCGCUGCCUCUGGCAAGUGGAGUUUUUAAAAAGCUGGAGCAGAUCAUGUCAUGACGACUUCGCUGCUCCUGCACCCGCGCUGGCCGGAGAGCCUUAUGUACGUCUAUGAGGACAGCGCGGCGGAGAGCGGCAGCGGCGGCGGCGGGGGAGGCGGCGGCGCGGGCGGCGCGGGGGGCGGCUGCAGCGGAGCGAGCCCCGGCAAAGCCCCGAGCAUGGACGGGCUGGGCGGCAGCUGCCCGGCCAGCCACUGCCGCGACCUGCUCCCGCACCCUGUAUUGGCUCGCCCGCCGGCUCCUCUGGGUGCCCCUCAGGGCGCCGUCUACACGGACAUCCCAGCCCCGGAGGCGGCGCGCCAAUGCGCCCCACCGCCGGCGCCCCCCACCUCGUCCAGCGCCACCCUGGGCUACGGUUACCCAUUUGGGGGCAGCUACUACGGCUGCCGCCUGUCUCACAACGUGAACCUGCAGCAGAAGCCUUGCGCCUACCAUCCGGGAGACAAGUACCCAGAGCCGUCGGGCGCCCUGCCUGGUGACGACCUGUCCUCCAGGGCUAAGGAGUUCGCCUUCUACCCCAGCUUCGCCAGCUCCUACCAGGCAAUGCCCGGCUACCUGGACGUGUCGGUGGUGCCUGGGAUCAGCGGGCACCCGGAGGCGCGUCACGACGCGCUCAUCCCUGUUGAAGGCUACCAGCACUGGGCUCUUUCCAAUGGCUGGGACAGUCAGGUGUACUGCUCCAAGGAGCAGUCGCAGUCCGCCCACCUCUGGAAGUCUCCCUUUCCAGACGUGGUUCCUCUACAGCCCGAAGUGAGCAGCUACCGGCGCGGGCGCAAGAAGCGCGUGCCCUAUACCAAGGUACAGCUGAAGGAGCUAGAGAAGGAGUACGCAGCCAGCAAAUUCAUCACCAAAGAGAAGCGCCGGCGCAUCUCAGCCACCACGAACCUCUCGGAGCGUCAGGUCACCAUCUGGUUCCAGAACCGACGCGUCAAAGAGAAGAAGGUGGUCAGCAAAUCGAAAGCGCCUCAUCUCCACUCCACCUGACCGUCCGUUUGCCCGCCCUUCCCGCCCGUCCCGACUAUUUAUGUCACUGCUUUGUACCAUAACGGAAUCCACCCGAAGGACGCUGCACAGGCGCAGACCACUAUUUAAUCUUACCGAGAAAGAAGAACAGCUCUGCCUUACCCUAGUCCCAUCCCACCCCUAAUCUCACCUCCCCCUGCCAGAUGGCACCCACUCAGCGUUCGCAGCUGUAGAGGUGGGUUCGAAUGGGGUAACAGAGGAAAACUGUCUGUCUUUAACCCCCUGGCCUUUGUGGCGUGUCCCACUAGAAAGCCGAGUGGCCUGGAGAGCCCAGUCAUUCCUACCAAAGCAGGACUGGGGGAUUCCAGUUACUCAGUUCUUGUCUUUUCCUGUGCCUCAGCUUGUGGAAGAACCUCUUUCCGAGGGAGGUGCAUGGGCACAGGAUCUGGGAAGCUCUUUCUUUCUUUCCUGUUCUUCUUUUUCACUGUCAUGACUGAACUCCGUAGGCAAGGUUUUCCCAGUUACAAUUUUUCUGUGCAUCUUUUAAAAGUCGUGUGAAUAUUGAUGUUAAUCCUUAGGUCCUGGCAGUGUAACUUAAUUCAAACUGAACCGUUCUUGGAACUUGUAAAUUUGAUUUUCUUUUCUGUUUUUCUUUUCUUUUCUUUUCUUUUCUUUUCUUCUUUCUCUCCCUCUUUCUUUUUUCUUUUCCUGUCUGUCUCAACAAAAGCUGGAGUUGGUGCAGCCCCUAGCCACAUCCUAACCCAGAAAUGAUUCCCAGGAGGUGCCUUUGACCACACUGCCUCCUCUGCUUUGCACUCUUAGUCCUAAGGAAAUCCAAGGAGGACAAAAA